AUACAUGCACAUGAACAUACAGCCUUGCUGGGCGCCGAGGCAUUAGGCUGACCACGGUCGCCAGGUACGGCCGUACCGGAGACCAUAUCACCUUUGACUUAUGAAGACUUCUUCCCUUGACGGUACUUGCUAUCAUAGCAUUGAAAGCGCCGGUCCGACUCUGAUAACAGCGACUUAACUUGCAUAAACUAUCAUGGCUUCGUUGAUUGAAGUGGACGCACUUGAAGUUCUAGUCAUCGUCGACAACGAAGUCGACCCCAUCUCGUCUUACAACAUUCCAGGAUUGACAGUCUCGGGCCAGUUAGCCGACAUCGCACCUCGCGCACCACUGCAAGACAACGACAGAGGGUCAGCGAAAUUCGAGAUUAGGCUGGACAAUGUUUGUUGCGGCGCUCACGGCUUGUCACUGAUGGUAACGGCCAUCAAAGGACAAAAUCGUCAUACUGUCCUUUUCGACACGGCGCCUGAGGAGCACAUUUGGGAGUUGAACGCCAAACGAUUGAGAGCUGACAUUGGUUCAAUUGAGUGGGUUCAAUUGUCUCAUUGGCAUCGAGACCACUCUGGAGGUAUGCUGAAAGCAGUGGCUAUGAUCAACCAGGCAAGAUCUUCCAAAGAUGGUGUUGUUGUUGAUCUCCAUCCCAACCGGCCAGCAUCUCGCGGAUUCCAGGGGCCUUUUGGUCCCGUAGCCUUGGAACGGGAUCCCACUUUCGACGAGAUCGAGGCAGCUGGUGCCACCGUUGUGAAGAAUGAUCUGGCGCACACGAUUCUCGAUGACAUGUUCCUGGUAUCGGGCGAGAUUCCGCGAGUAACUCCUUAUGAAGUAGGUUUCAAAAGAGGAAUGCGAUACGAUGAAGGCACGGGUACUUGGGAGAGUGAUGAGCUGAUCCUGGACGAGCGUUUUCUUAUGUGCAAUAUCAAAGGAAAAGGGGUCGUUGUCUUCACAGGCUGCAGUCAUGCCGGAGUUGUGAAUGUCGCAAAACAUGCGUUGCAACUUGCUGGUACCGAAAAAUUGCACGCAGUUAUUGGCGGCUAUCACUUGGUCGGCCCGAAUGAGGCAUGGUUGAAACCAACAAUCGCGGACCUCAAGGAACUGAAUCCCGACAUACUAAUGCCCGGUCACUGCUCGGGCUGGCGAGCCAAGGUCGAGAUCGAGAACACGAUGCCCGGAAGGCUGGCCCCGUCAGUUGUUGGGACCAAGUUCAGCUUCUGAGAGCAUUCCGACCGAAUGUGGUAUAGAGCGUAUGAUGAAGCCUCGUGGCCGAUCACAGUCUGAACUUGCAGAAGAACAAAGGAACGUGGAAGUGCGGAAGACUAUCAAGAUCGUGAAAUCGUUGAGGGCACAUGCUAUGAGCCGAUAUAUCGU